AUGAAUAGAUGGGCCGUACCCAUCUUGCACGAACACAAACACUACUAUAUCGUCAAUAAAGUGCAUGGCAUCGUGUGCCAACCUCCCGAUCUCAGAACGUGGUAUAAGUACCACGACUACGAGCCACCGGUGCUACUGGACCUCUUGCGGAAGCAACAUCCCAAUUUUGGUGGAGAAGUCUGGCGUACUGUGCAUAGGCUGGACGAGCCAGUCACAGGUGGUGUGCUGGUGUCGCGAAACAAGCGCGCAGCGGCCAUGUUCAGUAGGAGCCUGGCGCUCGGAGGCAACCGCGGUUUCCCUCUGACUCGACGGUAUGUCGCAUUGCUAGCUCGUGAAGCUAAGGGCCUUCCGAGCGAGGGCAGGAUAACUAUGGGUGACAUGAUUACCGAUUAUAAACGGUUGGAAAAUGAUCUGGUGCUCCUGCAAUUGCAAACUGGCAGAAAGCAUCAGAUACGUAAGCAAAUGGCCCAGGUUUUUGGGCAACCUGUGGUUAAUGACAAGAUGUAUGGUGGCGACAGCGUAGAUGGCAUUGUCGACAAUCUAAUUGGGCUGCACUCUGCCUUUAUCGGCGCGCAAUGCGGUCUACAAGCGCGGACAUAUCUUAUUCCUAUACCACGUACGCAGGACGCCUUCAAGCUCUGGGACAAAUACAUCGACGAACAAGGGGGUUUUAUACCGUCAGUGCAGAAAGAGUUGCGGGACUUUUCGCUUCCCUCUAAGCUUGAGAAUACUAUCACUCUUCUGUCAGGCGGCCAAGGAGGCAUUCAGAUAUCCUAUAAAUGA